AUUUAACAGUUAACAAUGAAGAAGAUCCCUGCCUUAUUUGAUUCAGAUAGUUCAGCUAAAAAGAGAGCAAAGUCUCCUAUGCCUAAAAGACUGAAUUCUCCUAGAAAUGUGUUAUCAGAAAACACUUCAAAUAUAAAAGUAUUUGCUCGCUUUCGUCCAUAAAAUAAAAUGGAAGAGAACAAUCCAUCCCAAGACUUUUGCAUCUUUCCAGACAUACAUACGGUACUUCUAUAAUAAGAUGUUAUCCAUACAUUCGAUAGAGUAUUCCCUCCUACUUCUAAUCAAUUAACAGUUUAUGAUUCAGUUGGAAGGGAUGCUAUUUAAGAUGUUUUAAAUGGGUAUAAUAGUACUAUAUUUGCUUAUGGUUAAACUGGAUCAGGAAAAACAUACACAAUGUUUGGUGAAUUAAGAGAUUCUAAUGGUUAAGGAAUUAUACCAAGAUCAAUGUAAUAGAUUUUAUUAAACAUUUAAUUAGAUAAGAGAUAUUUACAUAUAUUAAUCAAAGUGAUCCAGAAUGUGAGUUUGUUUUAACAUGUUCUAUGCUUGAGAUUUAUAAAGAAACCUUAUUUGAUUUACUUUCAUUGUAGCGUCCUGAUUUAAAAAUUAAAGAGAGUGCAACAAAAGGUAUUUAUGUUGAAGGAUUAACUUAAUUAUCAUUAUAAAGUUAAGAUGAAUUACUUAGAAUAGUAGAAUUAGGAGAAUAAACAAGAAAAGUUGCUGCUACCAGAAUUAAUUAAUAUAGUUCAAGAUCUCAUACUAUAUUUAUGCUUGAAAUCAAAUAGAAAUUACCUAAUGAAACAGAAAAAAAAGGAAAAUUAAAUUUAGUUGAUUUAGCUGGUUCAGAAAAAGUUGGUAAAACUGGUGCAUAAGGUGAAAUUUUAGAAGAAGCUAAAAAAAUUAAUUUAUCACUUUCAUGUUUAGGAAAUGUUAUUCAUGCAUUAACUACUAAUAAUGAUCAUAUUCCAUAUAGAAAUUCUAAAUUAACUAGAAUAUUAUAAGAAUCUUUAGGUGGAAACUAUAAAACUUCUUUAGUAAUUUAUUAAUUCUAUAUAAUUUAUAGAUUGUCACUUGUUCAUCACAUGUUACUUCAAUGGAUGAAACUAUAAGCACAUUAAAAUUUGCAUCAAGAGCUAAAUCUAUCAAAAAUCAUUAUAAAAUGAAUGUAAAAAUGUCAUCAGAAAUGAUGUAAUAAAUGAUUAAAGAUUUAAAACUUCAAUUAUAAUUAGCUCAUUAAGAAUUAGAAUAAUUAAAAAGAAAAUCUAUUUUAGAUAUUCCUAAUGAAAAUAAUUUAAUUAAACAUUAUGAUUCUUAAAUUAAUUAAGAAAAAGCAAAUAAAUCAAAACAUCCAUCAAUGAGUAUGAUGACUGAUAAAUCUUGUCUAUAAAUUGAUUUAUCAUUCUUUUCAUCAAAAAAAGCAUCAUAACCAGAAAAUAUUAUUGAAUAAAAAGAAAAUGAAAUUAAUUAUUUAAAAUAAAUUGAUGAUCUCAAAAUAUAAUUAGGAUAAUCUAAAAUGGAAUGUUAGAGAAAAUAAAUUAAAAUAACUUAAUUAAAUUUAAAAAUUGAGAAUCUCGAAAAAAUGGUUAAUAAAUUAAAUAAAGGUGAUUAUAAUAUAAAAACAGAAUAGAACUAAAUUUUAUAUGAUGAAAUUAAUUCAUUAAAUGAUUAAUUGAAUAUAAUUAAUAAUGAUAAUGAUGAAAAUCAUAGUAAUUUAUUAAAAGAAAAAAUGGAUUAAAUUAAUUUUGAAUAUACAAAAAAGUUAGAAUAAGUAAUUAGUGGAGAAAUUACUUAAAGUAAAUUAACUAAGAUAAUUAAUAAAUCAUAAUCUAUUGAAUAAGUAAUGUAAAAGUUAUCACUCUAAAAUUUAUUGAAUACUAUUCAUAGAUCAAUAUCUACAAAUUUAACUAAUUUAAAAUUUCCUCUAGAUAUCUCUAAGAAAAUAUCUGAAAUAAUAGAAGAGUCUCUAAAGCAUCCACUUAUAGAAUAAGGUGUAAUGGAUUACAUUACUCAUUAUGAAUCUCUGAAGCCAAAUAAAAGUGAAGAACAAAAAAUAGAAGCCUUAAAGCUUGAUAAAUAAAGAUAUUCAUAAGAGAGAUAAAAUUUAUUUGAACAUGUUGAAAAAUUAAAGGAAAAAAAUGAUUAAUUGAUACAAGUAAAAUUGAUAAUAUAUUUAGCAACUAAAAAGACAAAAUCUUAUAAUUUAAUAGAAAAUGAUAUAAUCUCAAUUAACGGAGUCCAAAUACCACGAACCUACAACUCCUCUUAUGGUUAUAGAUAAUUAAAGGCCCGUCUCACAACAUAGUGACAGAUCUUUAUGCAAACCAAACACAGCAAGAAAACCAUCUACAUUUUUUAGAUAUGAAGAACUUUUAUGA